UUUAUAGUCUUAAUUGUGAGAGAGUCAGAAUUCUGAGUUUAAAUCUUGCAAGUCAGAAUUGGCAGAGGAAAAGUCACAAUUAUUAUUAUUAUUAUUAGUUUUUUUAUGUAUUCCAUGGGAGAAACAGUCUUCCAUAGAUCUCUUUUGAAACUCUACUGGAGACAUAUCUCAGUAAAAAUCUUGGAAGCAUAAAAUGGCAAAAAGUCUCAAGUUGCUUUCAGUUUAGUCUCAGUGCUGUCUUUGAGAGAUCAGAAUUUCAGAAAUCUGAUUUUGUUUCCAAAUGGUUGGGUUUUUGUCAGGUGUAAGUGAGCAGCACCCGUUCGCAUGCACACAUGCAUGUGAUUCACGAUCACCGUGAUAACUCUAAGUGGUAAUGCUUUAUUUAUGUUGUGUUCGUGUGCGUCUGUAGCUGCCUCUCUGUUUCGUUCCAUAUAUAGGUUUGGAUGUGAUUGCUAAAUGAGGGCUGGGUGGUCAGUAUCCUGCAGCAUCUUCUGUUUGUGUGAGUGUCUCUCUGUCUCUGGCUCUCUCUGGAGGUCUUGUGGUUUGAGGAGACCAGUGAGCUCCACAUGCACACCAGUGAACACAUCCAGGCUGAAAUAAACAGUCUAAGAAAUGCUGCUGUGAGCCGUGCAUCUUGUUUCCUGCUGGCACUCUUCUUAUCUUCACGCACUGCACGAAAUGUGUGCUCCCAGCCUUUCCGAGCUCUCUAAAGUGCGCUGGCCCUGCUCUGCUCUACCCUGCCAUGAAUAGAGACAAUAGCCAGAGGUUUCCUGCUCUCCCUCUCUGUGAAAGGCUGAGGCUGAGAGAGAAGGGGGUGGAUGCUAGUUUGAUUUGGGGGUAUGGCCUCGCAAGUGCAAGUGUUCUCCCCUCACACUCUCCAGUCAAGUGCCUUCUUUAGCGUGAAGAAACUGAAGGUGGAGCAGAGUUGCAACUGGGAUAUGACCGGGUACGGCACGCACAGCAAGGUCUACAGUCAGAACAGCAAGCAGAGUGUCUCAGUCGCCCCAGUUGGCAUCAACGCUGCCAGUCUCCAGGUCUCCAACACUUCCUUGUCCUACGAACAGGCCCUCCUCUUCCCUGCCGGCUCGGGGCACAUCGUAGUAGCCUCGGCUACCAGCACGUCUGGGGUGGCUGGUCAACUGUUGGGGAGCACCGGUAGUAGUGGAAGCGGCAGCGGAGGCCACAACCUGACACGCCGCAGCACUGUCAGUCUGCUGGACACGUACCAGCGAUGCGGGCUUAAGCGCAAAAGCGAGGAGCUGGACAACAACAACGGGAGUGGAAGCAGCGUGCACUUGGUCGAGGAGCAGCAACUGCCUGCACCCAUGAUCCAGAACAACGCGCAAAGCGGGGCCACCGUCGCAACGGCGACUGCCUCCACGACGGCGACGUCCAAGAACAGUGGAGCCAACAGCGAGGGCGACUACCAGCUCUUGCAGCACGAGGUGCUUUGCUCCUUGACCAACACUUACGAGGUGCUGGAGUUCUUGGGUCGAGGGACGUUCGGGCAGGUGGUGAAGUGCUGGAAACGCGGCACCAGCGAGAUCGUGGCCAUUAAGAUCCUCAAGAACCACCCUUCGUACGCAAGGCAGGGCCAGAUCGAAGUGAGCAUACUGGCGCGGCUGAGCACGGAGAGCGCGGACGACUACAACUUUGUUCGAGCAUACGAGUGCUUCCAGCACAAGAACCACACGUGCCUGGUCUUCGAGAUGUUGGAGCAGAACCUGUACGACUUCCUCAAGCAGAACAAGUUCAGCCCGUUGCCGCUCAAGUACAUCCGACCCAUCUUGCAGCAGGUGGCCACUGCCCUCAUGAAGCUCAAGAGCCUCGGACUGAUCCACGCCGACUUGAAACCUGAGAACAUCAUGCUUGUGGACCCAGCACGCCAACCCUACAGGGUCAAGGUCAUCGACUUCGGCUCCGCUAGUCACGUCUCCAAAGCGGUGUGUUCUACCUACCUGCAGUCCAGAUACUAUAGAGCUCCAGAGAUCAUCUUGGGUCUGCCGUUCUGUGAGGCCAUAGACAUGUGGUCCCUGGGUUGUGUCAUUGCUGAGCUGUUUCUGGGCUGGCCGCUCUACCCCGGAGCAUCUGAGUAUGACCAGAUCCGGUAUAUCUCUCAAACGCAGGGCUUGCCAGCAGAGUAUCUGUUAAGCGCAGGGACGAAAACAACCAGGUUUUUCAACAGAGACCCCGACUCCACCUAUCCUCUAUGGAGACUGAAGACACCUGAAGACCAUGAGGCAGAGACGGGGAUCAAAUCGAAAGAAGCUCGCAAGUACAUCUUCAACUGCCUGGAUGAUAUGGCACAGGUGAAUAUGACCACAGACUUGGAGGGCAGCGACAUGCUGGCAGAGAAGGCAGACAGAAGGGAGUUCAUUGACCUGCUGACCAAGAUGCUGACCAUCGACGCAGACAAGAGAAUAACACCCAUAGAGACACUCAACCACCCCUUUGUCACAAUGACACACUUGCUGGACUUCCCACACAGCACACACGUCAAAUCCUGCUUCCAGAACAUGGAGAUUUGUAAGCGUCGGGUGAAUAUGUACGAUACAGUCAAUCAGAGCAAGACACCCUUUAUAACACAUGUAGCCCCCAGCACCUCCACCAAUCUCACCAUGACCUUCAACAACCAUCUUAACACUGUGCAUAGCCAGGCCACCAACCUGGCUCCCUCUUCCACCAGUGCCACCCUUUCCCUUACCAAUGCUGAUGUCUCCAUACUAAAUUACCAUUCUGCACUCUACCAGCCUUCUGCGGCCCCUAUGGCUGCCGUGGCCCCCCGAACCAUGAACCUCCAACCCGGUGCACCACAACUCUGCGCCGCCCGACCCGAUCCCUUCCAGCAGGCCCUCAUCGUCUGCCCACCAGGCUUCCAGGGUUUGCAAGCUUCACCCUCUAAACACACUGGCUACUCGGUACGGAUGGAGAAUGCAGUUCCCAUAGUAACACAGGCCCCCGGUGCCCAACCUCUACAGAUCCAGCCGGGCCUUCUGACACAGCAGGCCUGGCCGUCUGGUACUCAACAGAUUCUCCUUCCGCCUGCAUGGCAGCAGCUCACACACACCUCCGUGCAACACGCCACCGUCAUCCCCGACUCCAUGACUAGCUCGCAGCCUCUGGCCAACUGGAGGAAUUCACAUCCCCAUGGCAGCCAUUACAAUCCCAUUAUGCAACAGCCAGCCUUACUGGCAGGUCACGUCACCCUGCCCUCUCAGCAACCUCUCAAUGUGGGCGUGGCUCAUGUCAUGAGACAGCCAUCAAACAAUAGCUCCUCCUCCAAAAAGAACAAGCAGCACCAGAUGAACAACAGGAACGUGUCAGCAUAUGAGGUAUCUUCCACCCAGCCGGUGACAUCACCUCAACGCUCCAAACGAGUGAAGGAGAACACCCCACCUCGGUGUGCCAUGGUUCAGAGCGGCCUGUCCUCGACCUGCGGCCCAUCACAGACCUGUGGAGGUGGUGGAGUAGGUGGAUGGGGAGGCGAGCAGGCUUGUAGCACCACUAGAGACCAUCACAGUCAACACAACCCACCGCGCCAAACCAUCGUCAUCCCCGACACCCCCAGCCCAGCCAUCAGCAUCAUCACCAUCAGCAGUGACACAGAUGAGGAGGACGACCUUAAACAGCCCAAUAACACCAGCACGUCAUCCAAACAGAGGAAGAAUGUCAUCAGCUGUGUUACGGUCCAUGACUCCCCAGACUCUGACUCCAGCAAUACCAGCCCGUACGCUGUGGAGUCCCGGCCUAAUGGGCCCAACGCCAACAGCUACGACUCCAAAGGCGCUGUCUUGGACAACUACAGCAACGGGAACCCCCGCACCAUCAUCAUCCCUCCACUGAAGAGCCAGACCAGCGGGAAUCUGGGAGAGUGUGACAGACUCCAGCCUGACACGAUGAACCACCAGAACUCCACCUACAAGUUCAAACCCUCCAAUGGUGUCUUGUCUGGCAACAACCACUCUUCAGGAGGCGGGACAUACCGGCAGCAGCGCAUGGGGCCACACCCCUUUCAGCAGCAGCCUCUAAAUCUCAGCCAGGCCCAGCAGCACAUGGCAGUUGAGCGCAACGGCGGUCACCGGCGGCAGCAGGCCUACAUCACCCCCACUAUGGCCACCCAGGCUCAGUACGCCUUCCACAACAGUCCCACCCACACAGCUAACGUUCAUCCCCACUUAGCCGCUCCUCAUCUGCAUGGUCAGCCACACCUCUACACCUACACUGCCCCCGCGGCCCUGGGCUCCACCGGUACGGUGGCUCACCUGGUCGCAUCACAGGGUUCAGCCCGUCACGCAGUCCAGCACGCUAGCUACCCGCCGGGCAUCGUCCACCAGGUGCCUGUUAGCAUGGGCCACCGCGUGCUUCCCUCACCCAACCUGCACCACGGCCAGUACCAGGCCCAGUUCGCACACCAGACCUACAUCAGUGCUUCUCCUGCCUCCACUGUCUACACUGGAUACCCGCUGAGCCCCACCAAGAUGAACCAGUACCCUUACCUCUAAAGCUGAAACACUGGAGCCCAGCCAAUCGCUGCUUACCAUUUCUACCCUUAUCCCACCUAGAGACAGAGAGACAAGCUGAAGCCUAUCGACCCUUAACCCCCAUCCCCUCAUUCCUUUCAUGCUUAAACUUGAAGACAAUGAAGACGCUGAUGGAUAGAGGAAGUGUACUCUCAGAGGGAACAGAAGGGUACCAAGUAGUUUUUUUUUUCUUUUUUUUAAGAUGAGUUUUAUUUUGCCCAUCUCAAAAGGGCCUGUUAACAUUUUAUUUUGUGAUCUGGAGUUUUCGUCUCUUUAAAAAGAGAGGAAGAAGGUUUUUGCUUUCGUAGUUUCUUUUACAACAAGGUCUCAUCAGCAGGCCGUUUGGGAGAGACCGAGUUUCGUUCGACUGAGAUUUUGUUUGCUUUUCCCUUUCUUGAAUUCAUUUACCGACUGUUUAUCCGAGGUCACGACAUGGAUGUUUUGAAUUCCUACAAGAAUUAUUUUGGAUAAGGUGAAAUACGGAUAUCUGCUGCUCUUCAAAGAAAAAAACAAACAAACUAAAAAAAACAUAACGAUGGCCUUGAACUGUCUUAAAUGUUUCCAAAUUCCAUGCGGCGAGAUAUUGUGCGUAUUCCGCCGUGCUCUCCGGCAAGAAACACCUGGAGGAAUCUUCUGGAAAUAGGACGACAAAACUUUCUAGUGUAUUUAUAGACUUUUCUUUGUUUGUGUUCACAUUUAGAAAAGAAAAUCCGUUUGUCAUACCGUAGAACAUUAGCUGGGCCCCUCUUUGUAGAAUGUAGCAGUCUGCACCCAUUGAUUUCACGAAGAACCUUUCUGAUACCAAUAGAUUCUUGUUUUUCCUCUUUCAAUGUGAUUGCACAAAGUGGUUACAAUAACAUAGGCAUGUUCAACACGGUAGUCGGUCGUGCGUUUGCGUGCAUGUGUGCGCCUCUGUGCGACAUAUUCCUCCACGGUCUUAGGUUUAUCAUUGUUACCUCGUAGUGCCUUACAUAUAUCCCGACAGUUUACUUGGCUGGAAACCCUCUAGAAACCAGAUGCUAGUCAGAGAGCUGGCUCCUAGAUUGAACAUCUUCAUCCAAAGCUGUUUCGUGUUUUUGUAAUUCCAUGCGUAAGCAUUAGCCCUGAAAGUUAUUUACAUGCUUCUCAUCUAGCGUGCAUGAGGUCUUCUGCAUCUAAAGAUAAAGAUACUUACUUGGGGUAACGAACCAAAGUCAUCAUUAAAAGAUAAGUAACUUUUGUUUUGGAUAGUUGAUAUAAUUAUAUAUACCGUAUUUACUGUACAUACUGUAGCUAUGUGUUUUAGUACUUGCAAUCAAUGCAACAUCACUGAUUUUAGACUACCUAUGUCAUAAAAGGGAGACUAAAUGCAUAUUUGAUGGAAAAGCUAAGUAUCGCUCAAUCAGUUUGAGAUCCGGCUACACAAUUUGUCUAAAAAUAAAAUAUACCAGGUCUGAAGAGGUUGUCUGUUUAUGGAAGGCUGAAACCUGGGAGGGUUCGAGAAGGAGAGUCUUGUGAGGAGUAGGAGGUGCUUGUGGAUUUUGAAUUGUUGGAAACGCGCGAGGGCAAAUUACACAAUUUGUAAUGAGAAUAGCAUGUUGGCUUUGAGCAGGUUGGUAGAUGCCGAAGGAAGCUGUGCAGCACGACUGCACACCAUACUCUGAUUUAAGCACUCGUUCAAGGUUCUGUAAAGAUCUGUGGGGGUUUUAUUUUAGUUGCAUGAGGAUAUCUGCAACAAUGUGCACCGGAAAUCAAAAUUGGCUUCGUCUUUUUCACUGUUUGUCUUACCGUAGAAAUCACUUAUGCUAUCAUGUCAGUACAGAGAUCACGAACUUGUAGAAAACUGUGGGCCAAUGCUUGUUUUUUUUGCUGCUUUUUUAACAUUAAUAUGCUAGCCAGUCAUAUACGCUGUGUCCUAAGCAUGUGCUCCACAAUGAAGUGAUUAAAAAGACAAGGAAAGUUUAUAUAGUACUUUAUAAAACAUACCAUUGAAAAGUAUGGGGUCAGUUUGAUUGAAAAAUGUUUUUUAAUUAUUAUUAAUACUUUUGAACAGCAAGGAUGCAUUAAAUUGGCCAAAAAGACAUAAAAAGAUCAUAAUAAAUGUUUUGAAUAAAUGUUGUUCUUUUGAACUUUCUAUUCAUCAAAGAAUCUUGGGAAAAUAUGUAUAAUAAUAUUAUGAGAAAUGUUUCUUAAGCACCAAAUCAGCAUAUUAGAAUGAUUUCUGAAGGAUCAUGUGACGAAUAAAUUGCACUUUAAAAUAUAUUAAGAGUUAUUAUUAUUUUACAAUAUUGCUGUAUUUUUUCUAUUAAAUAAAUGCAUCCUUUUGUGAAAAUAAGACUCUAAAAUGUAUUUUAACUUUUCUUAUCAUUUAAGAAUUUAAGGAAUACAACAUAAUGAAAAGACUGAACAUUUUUGCAAUGUGAUGCGCUGGGUAAGCCCCGUCCACAGUGAUCUCAUUGGUCUGGAAUCAUCCACAAAGCUUUAAGCUAAACAUCAUACAUAUUCUGAUUUGGCUGUGAAUAUUUGGCAAUUAUGCACCUGGUCAGGACACAGUGUUUUUAUUUUAAUGUCUUCUGUUGGGCACAUGCUUAUGGAGUAUCCAGUAUAUCCUCUUCUGCCCACACCUCAUGCCAUAGAACUUGCAUUUGAAGUAGUUUUUACAUUGAAAUGUUUUAUUGUUUUACUUUGCUUGGUAUAUUGUGUUCCCGUAGAGAGUGUUGCAAUCAUUUUUGUGGAUGUUUAUUUGUUUCAUGCUAUAUGCCAAGCCUCAUUUGUUUGAUUUCUGGCGGUCGAUAUGGAACUGUGAUGUUUAGUAUUCAUAUGUGGACCCUCGUCUGGCAGGAAGCACAGACUUUGUCCAUGUGCUCGGCCAAGAUCUGACACCAGUUAAGUUGUACCCAAGCUUUCGGUUUUCUAGCUUGUCAGAUUGAUUCGUAAAGCCGUGUGUUAUGACUUAGGAUGCCAAUAGAUUUUCUUUUGUUGAUGUUGUUGCUGUUGUCAUAUAUUUGUUUAAGCUUAAGUUGGAUGCUCAUUCAAGCACACAGUUGAGAAAGGCUUGUUCGACGUAAUUCGCAUAAAACAUUCCAUUCCGGAAGGAGCCGUUUCUGACGGAUCUGAUCUGUAGUCUCCAGUCUGUCUCGCCUCACAGGGACCCGCCUGAACGACCAAAUCGGGACUCCGCUGACAUUUAAGGACUUUCUGUUCUUCCCACCAAAGAAUUUCAACAUGUCAUCGAUGCACAGAUGUGUCCCUUGCUGUAAUGGAGAAUAGAGAGUGCGUUUCACUGACAUUUGGCAAAUGAAAAACAUAAAAUACAGAUUAGAUCAGGUCGGUGUCAGAAAAGAACCUGUAGAUGGACGACAAAAAUAAUGCACUCUCAUGAAAUUGCUGUUAGCACAGUAUAAUCCAUUGUUUUGGUACCUUUCUCACACAUUUUGUCAGUGCUAGCGUAGACAAAUCUCCUAUUUUUGAAACUUGUCAAGAGGAUUUGUGUAAGAAAUAAGGCCUUUGUUUUUUAGAAAUGUCAAUGCCACAUUAAUGCUUUCAGUAAUUAAAGCUGCUGUGUGUAAUUCUUCUAAGAGUAUAAACACUGAACAUGGCUUUGCUUUACAGCAGAAUUGGAUCCACCAAUGGUGUGCGACGUGGGCGUGCUGUUGUUAGUCCAACCAAUGGAAAAUUGAGAGGGUGUUUUGUUGUUGUUUUCAGUUUUUUUGGUACCAAUAAUGACACACAAAGUCCACACUGCAGCUUUAAAUUUCAGCUUUUGAAAGCUCUAUUAUUUUGGUUCUAACUACAUAUGUAGGAAUCACAUGGAUAAAUAAGUGUUUCAUUUAAUGGCCUGUGCAUUGAAUCGAGUGCCAUUAAUGAAAUGGUCACUAGUACAGAACGAAUGUAGAUUUCAGACUAAAAUAUCUGAUCAACACAUCAUGAUUGCUCUGGCUAGUAAUCAAUGAUCCAGCAUUGAUUUUACCCAGAUUAUAAUACAUUUGAAUACAAAUUAUCCAUUUUGAUGUGUUUUUAACUUCUUUAAAUAACAGAAAGCAUUAUUGACUCUACAAAUAUAUGAAUUAUGAACACAAAAGUCUUUUGUUUUUAGAUUCAUAGUUUGUCUGAGCUGUAUACAUUAAUGGAGACAGUCAUUUUAAGUUACCAAAAUGUGCUAGAAAGAAGCAUUCAUGCAAUUCAUGAUUCUGUUUCCCAUCUUAUGUCAAAAUACCGCCUUCUCCUUUAUUAACUGCACAUGAAGCUUUAAGGAACGGAAUUAUUGAAAGCGAUGGAUUCCUCCACUAUAAAAACAUUCCUUAAAGCUCAUUGCCAAUCAAACCCUCUGCUGGAUGGCUCCCAAGUCAACACUUGUAAAGCACAUGAUCACGAAUGAACUCAAAGCUUGCAGAAAUCACAAUGGAUUAUUGUUAUUUUUGUCAUGGCCACAGUACUUCCACAAUCAGCUUGUUUUCAUCUGAUUUUUCUCUCACGCGUGCGGUGAAACGAAAGCAUUAGGGGUUAAUGCACCAUUGAACUUGUGUAUGAAUGUGCUAAGAGGCCAAAUAUGACAAUACGGCCAUCUUCAAAUGUUGUUAUAGAACCCCAAAAAAUUAAAAAAGCUAAACAAUAAUCGUUACGCCCAAGAAAACGCAGCUGUCAAUUUUUUUUUAUUUAAUCUCCAGCAUAGUCUGUGUCAGGAGUGUGUAUUACAGAGUGACAUUACUACAAGUGUGUAAAUCGUAACACGUAAAUGUGAAUCACCAGUGAAUGCAAGGGACCAUAUUUGUGCAGAACCGUCGCUCAUCACGCGAGUCGCCACAGAAAACCCGUAAUGUAGCUUUGAUGCACCGUAGCCGUUUGUGCAGCCAUCGAAGACGUGAACAAUUUUCUACUUGCACAGCAGCGAACAUUCACAGUCAAAUGUAAAAAACUAAAUAUUUUUCUACAAUGUUUCAAGACCUAAGAAACCAUCUGACCCCUGAUUUUUGUCGAUUGCUGUAUGGUUUUCUCAGUAGUGUGUAUCACAUUAGUUGUUGUCAAAGCUAUUGUGUGCUGCAGUAUUUCCAGGUAUACUUCUUUGUUUAUUGUCUUUUUUUUAUUAUAAUUAUUAUCAUUUUGCUUUGUUUAUUGGGGAUUUGAAGAAGUGUGAUGUCUCAUUAUUUCAAUCUGUUAACGUAGCAUUAUAUGUACCCUGUACCUUAGGCUAAUAUUAUUAAGUAUGCUAUGAGAAUGGAUAUUUUGCUGGCUUUAUAGAAUGUUAAAAUGAAUAUAAGAAUGAUUUAACUCUUUAAAAACUGAGUACUUGCUACUAAGCGCUUGUGUUACCAUUACAAAUGUUGUGUGCUUCUCUUAAUAAUUUUCGUUGUAGAAAAAAGAAAAAAAAAAAAAAACCUGAGUGAAUUUUAUUAGGCUUCAACAACUAAUGAUAGCAGUGUAAAUUCAUGGAGGAUUUUUAACAAACCUGGGGGUUUUAGAAGAAUAUAGUUAUUUUAUUCGUUCUAUUUACUAAAUGUAGGGUGUGAAGGGGCUCGCGUCGUGGUGAACUAUGUUAUAGCUUGUUAUUCACUGUUACUUUUGAUCAUUUUUCGGUCUCCAAGGUGAAUCGAGUUAUUAAAGGAAAUUUGUAUGCUCACAUAUGCAUAUUGUAUAUGUGUAGAAAUGUAAUCACACUUUGUCUUGGAUUUACAUUAAACUGUUAAGUCACGGUA